GCCCUCCUUAAUAAUCUCCUUCUUGCUGAAUUCGCAGCACACACAAUAAUGGGCUCUGUGUUCUCACUCUUGCGAGAUGGCUAUUUCGGCAUCUUGGGCCUCAUUGCCAUUAUUGCCGAGAGCAACAAGGCCGCUUCUGCGCUGCUUGAUCGCAUCACUCGAGUGAAAUUUCCCCACGAAAAUCCCACAAGCUCUUUUUGGGAACAGCAGCCUUUACAUCCUGAACUUGUAAAUGUUCAGUCUGAGCAAUUGGCUCCACGUGCAGAUAUUGUGAUUAUUGGGUCUGGUAUGACUGGAGCCAGUGUCGCAUAUACCAUCCUGAAUGAAUGUCUGGCUAUUGGGAGACCAAUAAAAGUAGCUAUUCUAGAGGGGCGGACUAUAUGUAGCGGUGCAACGGGCAGGAAUGGUGGACAUAUCAAAGUGGCCCCUUUCUAUGAGUACAAAAAAUUUAAGGAUAGGUUCGGAGCCGCAAGUGCACAAAAGAUAUUGGAGUUUUAUUUGAAGCAUAGACCUUUCCUCCUCAACUUAUCAAAAGAAGAAGGAUUGAAAGAAGGUGAAGCACGAGACGUUACGACAGUGGAUGCUUUCACUGAUGCGGAGAGGCUUAAAGAAGCUACUGAGAUGCUAUGUAUCUUGCGAGAAGAUCUACCCGAGCUUGCCAAAGGAAUUGAGAUUCUAGACGGAGAGACAGUCCAGAAGCAAUUUGGUUUCAGUAGUCAGUUCCAUGGAGGGAUUACCUACACCAGUGGUGCAUUAUGGCCAUAUCGAUUUGUCACUGCUAUAUAUGCGGCUCUGCUAUCAAAAUUUCCAGAGCAGUUCUCUAUCGAGACAGGAACCAUGGUGCAAUCAAUCCAAACUACGAGUAACCCAGAUAGUCCUUUCCUUCUGAACACCUCACGGGGCGACAUCACAGCCGCACAUGUCGUCCAUGCAACAGAAGCCUUCACCGCAAACCUAGUACCCGGAUUGGUUGGGAAACUUUUUCCUCUGCGUGGACACAUGUCUGCUCAACGACCAGGAAAAUCUUUUCCUCACUACGAUGGUAAGAUCUCUUGGUCUAUCGUUGGUAGUCGAGACUAUGAAUAUAUCACGCAGCGGCCUGGAAAGCCCGAUGCGACGGAUGGUUUGGGGGCUGAGAUUAUGACCGGAGGUGGAUCAGUCCACAUGGAUGGCACCGGCUUAAAUGAAGUUGGUCAAUGGGACGAUGACAAGAUUGAACAACCCAUCGGAUCAUAUCUCGCAGGUGUACUUCCGGUAUCUUUCCGCUCCAGUUUUUGGGGAGAAGAUGCCAAUGGCUCUAUCGUUAAAAGUAUGUGGACCGGUGCUAUGGGACUAACUUGUGACUUCAUGCCUCUCGUAGGAAAACUUUCACCAAGUCUAACCAAGCGUGCUGUGAACGUAGGAAACAAGCAGGUCACUGCGAAUACAAACGCUGCGCCAGCAGAGUGGAUAGCAGCAGGAUUCAACGGAUCAGGCAUGGUUACCACCUGGCUAAGCGGGGUGGCUGUUGCACUCCAGGUUCUCGGUCGCGAAAAUGUCAAUUCUAAUGGGCAGAUCUGGAAACCAGAUGGAGUAGUCAGCGACUGGUUUCCAGAGGAGUUUAUUUGCUCUUCCAAAAGGGUUGCUCAAAGCAGCAUCCACGAGCUUCCCCGUCUCAUAUAAUCUUUCAUACUUGUAAAAUUUAAACAAGCCUUGGUGUCCCGCAUCAGAAGACCAAAAAAUAAAGCGAGGCAUUCAUAUUCACAUUCACA